AUGGACACCAUAAGAAUGUAUAGGCUGGAACUAACUGGAUACUCGUUUCUUGAUCCCGUGUUGUUGUCUACCUUUGUGGAGCGAUGGCACGGGGAGACUAGUAGCUUCCAUAUGCCGAGCGGGAAGAUGACAGUCACGCUGGAUGACGUGCGCUAUCUUCUGCAUCUACCCAUUAAGGGACACCUGCUAGACCAUAAAGGCAUCCCGACCAAAACUGAGGGUGUUGACCUAAUGAUUAAGCAUAUGGGAUCAACUCGGGAUGAAGCUGAGCAAGAGGUUAAAACAACCAAGGGUGCACAUGCAAGGUUCGUAUAUUUGAAGGAAAUCGUCGAAAAACACACGCCAGUAGUCAACAAAGCUGAGGUGGACGGUGACAAGGACACUUUUAAGAGGUAUAAGGGAUAUAUUACGAGGGCGUACCUGUUGUUGUUGGUUGGAACCACUAUCUUCUCUAACAAGACAAAGAAUAACGUGGACCUGACAUACUUGAAGUAUUUCAUAGAUCUGGAUCAGGCUUGGAUCUACGACUACUUUGUUGACACCGAAGGGUCUUUGGAUACACAAUACGAACAACAAUACCCCCGAGCUACCAAAUAUGAUUCGACAAAGGGGCAGUCAAGCCAUAUGGCAAUGCGGAAAAUGAUGGAUCGGUUGCUUCCACACGACAUCACAUGGACUCCUUACAAGGACCACCGAGAUAUUUGCACCUUUGAGGAUAUAACUUUGUACUCCGGUUGGAUCAGGUGUGGGCUGAUCAAAGUAAGGUAUCUACCAGAGUGGGUGUUAUGGCAGUUUGGCUACGUGCAGACCAUUCCCCGUCAUCCAGAUUCCGCUGCGAAUAUAUUGGACACGGUAGAUUGUAUUGAUGAGCAUUGA